UUAAAUCAGAGUUGGCUUAUGGUAGGUACUCGUUUGUUAAUGACCGAAUGUUGCGGUUGCAAGUGUGUUGUAGUGUUUGUACGUGUUUUCUCGAUAAACUGGUUCCGUUAUUCGGUAUUGUCGGAAGCGAGCAGGUACGAUAAAUCCUAACGAUUAGUUCUCAGGCUGACUUAGAUUUCAUAAAGAUAUGCCACCGAAACGAAAUAGUAAAUCCGAGCCCAGUGCACUUUUGAAGAAAUAUUUAUUUUUUUAUAAUUUAAUCCAAUUAAUAGGAUGGUCUUACAUCGCCUACUUAUUCGUCACUUUUUACAUCAACCAAGAAUAUCGUAAAGGAAAAUUAUGGAAUUACGUUUUCAUACCAGUUGUCACUUUCCAAGUAGCCGCAAUAUUAGAAAUCAUCCAUGUGGCAGUAGGUUUCGUGAAAACCAGUAUUAUGAUUACCACGAUGCAAAUAUUAUUUAGAAUUCUGAAUGCUUUCGGAGUUUUUAAUUUACUGCCAGCCAAUAUUGAUACGAUUGCAGUUCCUAUGACUUUAUUUGCAUGGUGUGGAGCUGAAAUCACUAGAUAUGCUUUCCAUAUUUUCAAAGAAUUGAAUUUCGUACCUUACGUGGUUACUUGGUUAAGAUACUCAGCAUUUAUAGUCCUGAUACCAAUUGGUGUUGGUGGAGAAUUACUCGGACAGUACAUGAUUCAAUCACUUUAUGCAAAUAAGUGGACGUACAAAAUCCCCAAUGUCAACAUUACCGUUGGAUACAGACAUUUCAUAAUUUUAAUAAUGCUAGUAACCUUACAAGGGGUUGUAACUAUGUACAGACAUUUAUUCCAGCAACGAAAAAAAGCUUUGGGAGGUGCUCCAUCUACGACAAGAGUAAAAUCUAAAUAAAUCAUCGUUUUGAAGACAUUUUUAUAUAUUUAUUUAAUUAAUUUAUUAUGUAUAGGUAAUAUUUUGGGGUUAAUGAAUUAUACGUGUUUGUUUUGUU